CGCUGUUUCCUUCUCUCUCUCUCUCUCUCCUCAACGCUCUGUUUAUAUCUUUUUAUUUUUCUCUUCCCAAAAUUCCAUAAUCAUCGAUCACUGAGUCUUCUCUCUUCUUCCUUCUCUCAAGAACAGAUUUGUCAACGAGCUAUAUAAGCUUGAUCCGUAAAAAUCUCACAAGAUCUAUAUAUCUCUAAUGGCGGAAGAGCAUGGAUGUCAAACACCAGAAAGCAACCGUCUCUGUGUUAACAACUGUGGCUUCCUCGGCAGCUCCUCCACCAUGAAUCUUUGUUCAAACUGCUACGGCGAUCUCUGCCUCAAACAACAACAACAAUCAUCCUCCUCCUCCUCCAUCAUCUCCACCGUCGACUCUUCUUCCUCUCUCUCCGUUUCUCCUCCUUCGUCGUCGUCAUCAUCGGAAGAGAUCGCCUCCGUCUCUUCUUCUCCGACUCCGAUCAUCCCUCUUCUCCUUCAUACUCCCUCACCCAAGCUUGAGAAAAAGCCGCCGCAGACGACGACGACGGAGCAGCAAAAGCCGAAUCGGUGCACGACUUGUAGGAAACGGGUCGGGUUAACCGGAUUCAAGUGCCGGUGCGGUACGAUGUUCUGCGGUGCUCAUAGGUACCCGGAGAUACACGGAUGCACUUACGAUUUCAAAUCGGCUGGUCGUGAAGAGAUCGCUAAAGCGAAUCCUUUGGUUAAAGCAGCCAAGCUUCAGAAGAUUUGAUCUCAUCCGUUCGAUGCGUUGACUUUUCUCCUCCGGUCUUAAUCCAAGUUUCUACGCCUUUACGCGUAUGGUGGUUUGGUUCCCUCCCGAGAAAUUUACGGAUGUGAUUUGAUCUCAGCCGUUCGAUCAUAUCAAUGGGUUUAUAAUUAUUGUAAAACAUUUUUAUGUAUUUUUUUUAAAUGUCAAAAGGGACACGUGUCAUGUUGUUUUAGGAUGGAGACGCUUUCGCUUUCCUCUUCAUCAUCAUCGUCCUUAAUUUAAAAAAAAAAAAAAAAUCUCAGAAAGAAAUAAGAUUAUUCGCGUUGGCUUUAUUUUAUUUUA